AGCCGCCUUGAACAUUAUUUAUUUCAGACAAAUUUUUUACAAAUUUCUUACUGCUAACUUAUCUACGAGUCUUAAUUCUAACAUCUUUAGAUUACACAGCCGUCCAUUCCAUCGCAUAUUUAUAUAUCUAAUCUACGACAGAUCCACAGACUAGACAGAUCACAAGUCGCGCCUGUCACGAGAAGCCAGACCACCUGACUUUGACAUGUUGUAUGUAAAUAAAUAAAAAAUACUAAAUUUACAGUGAUAUUCACAACAGAUUCACACACGUUUUUAUUACUACCGAGAAAGAAAUUAUUGAUUCUUAUUAAAUAACAUUUUACUAAUCCUCAAUGGCAGCAACAGUCGAACAUUUAGAUCAAAUAUGCACCACUUUAGACAAACUCACUCUGGAUGCCCUAACUUUAAUGCAAGAAGAAAUUGAUUUAAAGAUCAAUGCUGAAAAUGCUAUGAUCGGAGGAGAAACCCAUUUAGCGAAAACAAGGUACAUCUUGGGCCACAAUAGCGUAUCCAACUUGCAACUACCAACAGAGAACAGUCCCGAGUUCAAUGCUUUAACAGUCGUGCACACGAACGAUGAUGAAUACGGUGUAAAACAAUUCGACUUGGAGUCCCACAAACCAGACAAUGAAACCUAUUUAAACCCCUCGAAAUGGUUUGGUUAUUUAGUACCGCACGACCUACAAUUUGCGCAAAAUUUAUAUAGGCAAGCCUUACAGUGGCUUGUACAGGCUGCAAAUGUACAAAAUAGACUGCGAGAGAAUUGUCUACAAAUAAAACAACUGAAGGAAUUGAAACAGGAGUUAUCUAGUAAUUAAACAAAUGUUCCACCUUUUUUCACAAAAAUACCUAUGCUAAAUAAAUUGAUCACACACUGAUAGAAACUGAGAGUAUUCUAAUGCUUCUUGCUUAGUGUAUUAUUUGUUAAACAGUUUAAAGUUUUAAUUGUCUGUGUAAGGCAAUAUUAAAUAGAAAAAUUGCUCCAUCAUUUUCUCGUUUUAAAGUCCUUUCUCUGUUGAUGUUCUUUUUCUACAGCCUUAUCCAUUGCAUCCAGAAAGAUUCUUAAAUCUGGAUUUUUGGUACCAUUAAUAAAGAGUGCAUAAGCUAAAAA